UUGGUAGAUGCUAUCGCAGAAAAAGGAAUUAGAUAUUUAUUAAAUCAGUACAGAGCAAAUUUUUGCAGAACUCAUUUUGGUGCAGUAUCGGAUGGUGAUCGUUUUAAGAUUAUUUAUAAAAUAACAAAACCACCAGAAAAUGGUACAUUGUAUUGGGUAGCUGGAGAACAAGAAGUACGUGUUUUUACGCAACAUGACAUUGAUGAAGAACGCAUACUGUAUGCACAACGUAAUAUGCAAGCAUUUCAGGAUCGAUUUGAAUUUAGUGUUGAGAAUGAAUUUAAUGAUAAAGUUCAUAGUACGACAUAUGUACGUAUAAUUCCAGUAUUUCAUCCACGUACACUUGUUACAGAUGCUAAUUAUAUCACGCCCAUUAGUGAUGCACAUCUAAAUGCAUCCAUUAUAAAAAAUUCUAAUCCACGUUUUUACGUAACAGAACCACCACAUUUUGGAAGCUUGGUAAUUAGUCCAAAUAUCAACAAAUCAGUAGAUUUUUUCACUUAUGAUGAUAUUAUGAAUAAGCUGCUAUUCUAUAUAUCUAAUAAAACUGAAUCUUUGGUACUUGAUUUUGCUGAAUUACAGUUAGAUGCUGAUAACGUUCAACCAUCUAGAUUCAGAUUUAAUAUCGAAGUUCAUCCAUCUUCUGCAAUAAAUUACAUAGCUCCUAUUGAUAAAGAAAUGAAUGCCUCAAUAUUACCUGAUUUUUCUCGAUCAUCGCUGCUGCCAUCAAUAAAAUCAUUGUUACUUUAUUUGCCAAUUACAUUGUUUUUUUCCAUUUUGGUUGUAUUUGCAAUUGUUAUUAUAUUUCGACGGCAUUCAAAGAAUCAAAAACAAAAACGUUUGGAGGCUGCUCGAAAAAAACGCGAAUUUGACGCAAGAAUGAAUACAAAUCUGGAAAAAAAGUCUAAUUUACUUAGUUCAACAGUUUAUGCUACAGUUGGACGUAGUCGUCAUGAAUCUUUUGAUAAAAGACCUCAACGUGCAUUGCAAACGUUUGAUGGUUCAAAGCGUCCUGAAUCACUAAUUUCAUCGUCUCCAAGAGGAAAAGCUCAAUCUCGAGGAUUUUCAUCUGCUUCGUUAGAUUAUCAAGCGGCAAGUUCCCAUAAUACUCCCGAACCUACACGAUCGAGAGCUGAUAGAUACCAUUCCACAAAGUUAAAAGAAAACCAGUAUUGGGUAUAA